UCAGAACGGCGGUUGAGAACUCUAUGGGUGACGUCACGAAAGGAUUUGUGUUGCUCUCCAGCCUCCACCUACCCAGAUUACUGCUGAGAUGUGUAAUCUCAGCACAGCGCUGCACCUCCUCUUCACUCUUACUGCCUUUCUUUCUGGAUAAUGAUUGAGGGGAAGAAGUGAAGCAGCUCCAGCCUGCAGUUCACCUUCCGGCCACCAGGGGCCUUAAUGAAGUGGAGCAGCCCCCGGCCCCGUCUGCAGUUCACCCUCCGGCCACUAGGGGCGCUGAUGAGUGUUACGCAGAGUGUGAACGCCUUCAGAAGGGGAGCAGCGGAAGAAAGCUUCUGGUAAAUACCAGAAGAUCCAGAGAAGAGAUUACAGAUUAUCUGAGCAAAACAAACCACUGCGCCCUGGAUCCUCCUGGAGGAAGGACGCCUCUCUAAGGAACACCAUGGAAGAGCAGAGUGCAGACAUUGAGGUGACGGUCAAAACCCUGGACUCCCAGAGCCGGACCUACACCGUGGGAGCUCAGCUGACGGUGAGGGAGUUCAAGGAGCACAUUGCUCCUUCAGUCGGCAUCCCAGUGGACAAGCAGAGGCUGAUCUACCAGGGCCGGGUGCUGCAGGACGAGCGCACGCUGGGGGACUACAAUGUGGGGGGGAAGGUGAUCCACCUGGUGGAGCGCGCGCCCCCCCCUCCGUCCCAGCCGGCCUCGGGGUCCGGGGGCUCGUCGGCCGACAGCGGGCCGUCCUCAUCCUCGCAGGGAGCGUCUCAGGUGCCGCCGCACGACCGCAACGCCAACAGCUACGUGAUGCUGGGGACGUUCAACCUGCCCCUCAACAUCAUGGACCCCCAGCAGAUCCAGAUGUCGGUCCAGCAGAUGGUCUCCGGGAUGAACCAGAACCACAACGCCUCCCAGCCGGACCCCAAGUCCCUGCUGCCCCCCCCCGGGUACCCCAACCCCCCCACGGACAACCACUCCUUCUCCAACUCCUCCGCCCUCUACCCGGCCGACAGCAAGAUGAGCCGCAACCACUGCCACAACAGCCAGAUCCCCCUGCUCUACAAGUAA